UCAAACAGUUUUGCAAAUCAAGAUAAACCCGUCUGUAUGGAUACUAGUAAAGUAGAAGACAAGGACAUUACAACUGUAAAGGGCGGGGCACUUGGAUCAUCGCAAAGAAGCAGUGAUACAAGACCGGACUGUGUACCAUCUAUAGAGGCACUACAGGAGGAAAAUGAACGUCUUAACGAGAAAGUCAAGUGCAAGAUAUGUUUGAAGGAAAACAUACAUUUUGUUUUCAUGCCAUGUGCUCACCUUGUUGCCUGUCUUCCAUGUGGAAUGACAGCAAGUAAAUGUAUGAAAUGUUUUACAGUCAUAGUAGAAAAAAGGAAAAUCUACCUGGAAUAAGGAAUGAAGUUUUCGACUGACUAUAUAUAGAUGGCGUGUAUGGUUUAUUUGAACAGCAUCAUGUUCGGCAGAGAUAGGGCCCUGACCUCUCAACUCAACAACCACAGUCACCACAGACACAACAGUCACCCAGAGUUCGCACACUAAGAUGCUAUAUACUAACUUCGAUCUAACUCCAUCUCCCUGUUGCAACUACCUUGCAGACACAUUUAUUAAUAAGAGUCGGGGAGGUAUUGUGGUUUUUUUUUUUUAAUUUUUUUUUCAAAAGGAAGAAGAAAAAGAAAGAGAGAGAGAAAAGACUAUAUACAUAAAUAACAACAGGAUAUUUAGUGGUUGGGAUGGCAAGCAACAACUAAUGAAAAAAAAAUAGUUCUGUUUUAAUUAAAUAUAUUUUCAUCUUUUUGUGUGUGUGCAGGGCUACUAUGGGUUAUUUGUUGGAUGCUAAGGAGCUGCAGAUGUGACUUUAAUAAACUGCUGUCAAAUAUGGAUUAUUGCCACUGAUGCUAUGAGUUACAACUUGAUAAGACUAUCCCAUUUUCUCCAUUCGUUUUCAAAUUUUGUCUUUGCUUUAUCAUCUUCACCAUUUGUUAUGUAUUUUUGAACUGUAUAAGUGUCCUUUAUUAUAUUUAUUAAUGCAUUUAAACUUAAAGAGAUAUGAAGACAUUUUGUUUUGUAUACAUACUGUUUUAUCAAUAAAAUGAUUUCAUUAUCAACUCGGUUGCUGGGUAAGAAUUUAUCAAAAAUAAUUCCAAAAAGAAAAGAUUUCUUGUUAAAAGAAAAGGGAAUAUAAAGAAUAUUUAACAAUGAUUCAAAGCUUUGCAAUAGUUUUUGUUCUUCUUGACAUUCCAACAUUAUAUGGAUAAUAGUUUCAGGUUCUGAGUUACAGAAUGUACAGAGAGGGGAGAUAACUGUUCUGAUUUUAAACAAAAAAACAUUAGUAGUCAGAAUGUGGUGAAUAACUCUGUAUUGGAACCACAUAAGUUUUGUAUUAGUGGUGACUUUAAAUGGCAUCUUGUAAUAGUUUUCCCAUGUUUGUUUGUCAAUGUCUUCAAAUAAUGUAUUCCAUUUUCUGGUUCCUGAUGAAAUCAGUUUAGACUUAAUUAAUGCUUCAUAGAAAUUUUUUUAGCCUUUACUGUCUUUAAGAAAAGGAUCUAAAUUAGCAGGAAUGUAAGGAUACUGCUACUGUUUCCUGCUACCAUAAACUUGGCAAGAAACCAAUCUCCCCUCAUUCAAGAACAAUUCAUCAAAUCAUGUUCUAGGAUGUCGGACCCCAGCCAAUCAUCUACACUGUCUGCAACUGACCAACUGCUUCACUGCCGACCAUCUGGGAAUUAUCCUCAUCAGCUUCAACAUAGAAUCAAAGUACUGAAAGUACUGAGAGGCUAAACGUAUUGAAAAAUGUUCACAAAUAACCGCAAAGCUAUAUUACUUUCCCCAUACUCCUACACUUUGGAAUGCAAAAAUUACUAAAAUAAGAGAACCAGAGGCUAUUUUUCUUAAUUUUAAGCGAUUUUAUAUCUUCUUUAAUUCUUAUUUCAAAUUUGACGACAAUAAUGUGAACAAAUCAAAAUAGGUAAAAAAAAUAACAAAAUACACACAACCAUAUAUUUA